UUUUUAAAUCCACCGGAUACCUUACAAGGUACGUACCCACUUGGCCCGGGAGUGCGUUUUGCCGAAAUCCGUAAAGUCUUCUUACCUUGGCCACCUGACCACCACCCAUUCUGCUCUCUUCACCUGGAAGCAAAAUUAUUGAACGUGCACUAUUCUGAGUCUUGACAAUUCUUCCCUUCAGGAUCAAGUAAUCAUGGCUCCGCCGCCUCUUGUUUUAACUGCCCUGCCCUGCCCUCCUGACCAGAUACUCCUCGGCAGCCUCGUACCUGACCGACGCUAUCCAAACCGGGACGCGGAGCACAAGAUUGAAGUCGAGGAAAGCGUUAAGUCUGCUAGGGGCUUCCAGUGGCGGACGAUCGAGGCCUUUAAUGACAAGGACUCCUCCACAACGACAGCCUCGUUUAAGGCUGCCCUCACCAAGCUCUUCUCGGCGUCAGCUAGCCUCUCCAGCUCUCCGAACAAGCUCGAAAUACUGCCCGAAGAAGGCUCGUCUGGCCUACAGUUCUCCGAGUACAGCUUGGUGCAACCACGUGCGCUGUUCCGCGAGCUCUGUGCCUUUGGAGAAGUGCGCGAGCUUCUCGAGAAUGGAUACAAAUACAAUGUGCCGUGGUACUUUGUGGUUGGGUACCGCACACUGGUAAACGCGCGCGUCAUUAUGAGAGAAAAUCGAUCAACCGAAGCCAAAAUCAAGGUGACCAUGCCUGUAUCUGUGGUGGCAGGAGCCCCAGUACCGGACGAUACAACAGAUAUUGGGAUAGAAGCACAGUUCAACAGUAGCAGGGACCAAAACACAACUUUCAUGGCCCGGGGUGAACAGGUGUUUGCUGUGGCCUAUCGCAGGGUUGAGUUGAGCUUCUUCAAGGGCGAGGAUGGGAGGCGUCGCGCGUCACUGGCGAAUGAUGACUGCUGGAUAUCCGUCAAGGGCGCCCGCGGGGCUGGGGCGGCACCUGAAGAUGACGAGUUUGUGGAGGCCGGCUUUGGUGAUGCCAUUAAUGAUGAGCAUGAUGUUUGCAUUCAGUUUAGGGAUGACCUGUUUGUUGAGCUUGCUUCUCCCUAGGAGUAUUAAACAAGCACUAGAAGUCGUGUAACGGCCAUAAAUUUGGAUGAGACUGAACC